AUGUCCACGGAUCUGCCCUACGCUGCCGACGCUGAAGUAUCUCUAUCCUACGACGAGCUCGAGGUCCUCAAGCUGCAAUAUGAAAAGGAACUAGCACAGGUUCAUGUCACCGUACAGACAAAGUUCAACUAUGCUUGGGGGUUGGUGAAGAGUCCAAUGCGAGAUCACCAGGUGGAAGGCGUCCGACUGCUGCAAGACCUGUACCGUGCCGAACCUACACGACGCAGGGAAUGUCUAUAUUACCUCGCCCUUGGCCACUACAAGAUGGGAAACUUUGAAGAAGCUCGCAGAUUCAACGGUCUGCUGUUGGAGAAGGAGCCUACGAAUAUGCAGGCUCUCAGCCUUGCCCAGCUCAUCGAGAAGGGCGUUGCUCGGGAGGGGUACAUCGGAAUGGCGCUCGUUGGUGGUGCUGCAGCUGUCGGAACAAUUCUCCUGGCAGGUCUCAUACGGCGAGCAACCCGCAAAUAAUUCUGCUUCAUAUUCUGGUUGCUGACGCAUGCCGCCCUCUUUUUCUCUAUAUGCUAAUGUCCUGCCACCACCAAUGUAUCCUCCCAUCUCACUCUUUCGAUGGCGUCCGACUUUGGCGUUAUGUGGUUUUUCUGGAGACAGUCACCGCUAGUCGUCGUCAUCUUUGCAAUCCUUUGUAUUCUAGCAUCCAUAUAAAAUCUGAUCUCAUGUAAACUGCAGACCAAAGCUGUUAAUUGAAAUAAUUUAGUGCGCGAC